AUGGCAACUCUGGUCUUUGCCCAGGAAGAAGCAGGUACAGCAGUCUGUAUCUCACCCAACGGCAUUCUCCUCACUUGCUCCCACUGCAUCGCCGAGACCGUUGACGAUUUUGACGAUUCCAAAAGCCACUGGCUUCUCUUUGCUUCAGGCCAAGUAGUCGAAGCCAAAGCACUAGCAUGGGAUGACAAGAGAGACCUGGCCCUGUUGAAAAUCACCUCAGCCCAACAACCUCCGCCACCUUCGGGACCGACAUCAUCAUCAUCAUCAUCAUCACCGCACUCAGGGAGUUUCCCCUUUGUGACCCUCUCCCCCUCACCGCCCGCCUUGAAGGCCCGACUCAUCUGCGUCGGCCACCCGGGCAGCGAGGACUUCGAGGCGGCUGUCCCGGGAACAAAGACGGACUACAACGUCCUCCACCUCAGCACCGGCACGUUCAGGGGCUGCGCCGAGGGCCAGAACCUGCAGGAUAAUUCGGAGAUCGGGGCGCUAAUGCAUUCUUGCUGGACGUACUGGGGUCACAGCGGCGCACCGCUGGUCGACAGGAAGACGGGGACGCUCGUCGGGCUUCAUUCAUCAUGGGAUGAUGAGACGGGGAUGCGGAGGGGAGUUGCUUGGGAGGCUAUAUCCGGGUUUCUGGGGGAGAAUAAGCGUUAUUUGUGA